AUGACACGCACUCUUAUCCUGUUUGGCGCAGGACCCGGCAUUGGCGACAAUGUCGCCCUUCAAUUUGCGUCCAAAGGUAUCGAACACAUCAUUCUUCUUGCGCGCAACACAGAACGCCUCCAGAACGAAGAUGCGCCUUUCGUCGCCAGGAGCACAUUCCCCGUCAAAGUCGACACACUCCGUGUCGAUCUCGCAGACACAAAAUCCAUCCCAAGUGUACUCAAGCAGCUUGACAGCAUGACCUCAGGCGAAGACAUAGAAGUAGUGUUUUUCAACGCUGCUCGCAUAAAGCCAAGUGAAGUACUCGGUGUCAGUGUUGAGGAGAUUGACGAAGAUUUCAAAACGAGCAACCUCGCCCUCUACGUCAUAGCACAGCAUUAUAUUCCCAAACUCCAGAGCCUGGCUAAGUCCAAUUCUACGUCCAAACCUGCGCUUUUCGUCACCAAUAGCCAUCUGCCUUGGGAUCCUAUACCGCAGCUGCUCUCGUUAAGCUUGACAAAGGCUUCGCAGAAGAAUAUGGUAGAGAGCUUCAACCGUGCUUUCAGUGACAGUGGUGUGCACAUCGGGCUGAUCUCUGUUGAGGGAUCUGUGGCGCCUGAGAAUAAAGUGCUAAACCCGAAGACGAUUGCAGAGAGGACAAUUGAAUUCUGGGAGGGAGAGAAGGGCUUGGCUAUUCACGUCAAGGAGGAGUAA